GGGCCCUCCCCGCCUGCCUCGGCUCGGGCCCGGCGUGAGUUCGCCGGCGCAGCGGGGGCCCCCUGUUGCUGUCGGGAGAGUAGGUGGGAGGAUACAUGUUCACUUCAGGUAGAAAGGAGAAUGUUCCCAAAUUCCUCCAACUCGGGUCGUCCACCCUUCCCUCCAAAACAAAAGCAACAACAACAGCAGAGUGAUUGCUUCAAUAAGCUUCCUCUAAAUACACCACCUACUCUUCUCCCUCACCAGCAAGUUACUGAUACUCGGUUUAACUUUCAGAAUGAAGCGGCUCUUCUGAGUGGGAACCUUGCAACUAUUCCAGCUGUUACGCAGCAGCCAAUGCCUAAUGGAAAUGGCAGUCCAGCACAUAUGUCUGAUGCCCCCAUAGCCUUUCGAGGAAGAAAGAGACUCAGUGAUCAAAGUAUUCCACAUGAUGUCAAACGGCAGCGGUUUAAUUCCCAUCGUUCUGAAACAACCAUUGUUAACCAAGCAGUGCCUUUACCCGUGGAACAUAGAUACUCCUUCCCAGGAUCAAAUCAAUCACCACUGUUCCAUGCACAUUCCAUACCAGAUUUAACUGGAUGUGUCCCUCCGUUGCGAUAUACUUUGUUUCCAGACCCUAUAGAAACCCCACUCCCUGUGGCCAAAGAUAAGUUAAGUCAGCAGGUUUUGGAGUUGUUUCAAGCAUGUCAGCAACAGACCUGUGAUUUGAACAGAAAAGAGCUCUGCAGAACAGAACUCCAGAGAGAAAUUCAGCAAAUUUUUCCACAGAGCAGACUCUUUUUGGUUGGGUCCUCGCUGAAUGGGUUUGGCACUCGUAGCAGCGAUGGUGACUUGUGCCUGGUGGUUAAAGAAGAACCAGUGAACCAGAAGACUGAAGCAAGGCAUAUACUCAGCUUAGUCCAAAAACUCUUCAGUACUAAACUUUCAAGCUACAUUGAGCGACCUCAGCUGAUUCGAGCAAAAGUGCCAAUAGUGAAGUUCAGGGAUAAAGUCAGCUGUGUGGAGUUUGACUUGAAUGUAAACAAUGUUGUAGGAAUAAGGAAUACAUUCCUUCUGAGAACCUAUGCAUACAUUGAGAAUCGAGUUCGUCCAUUAGUACUUGUUGUUAAGAAGUGGGCAAGUUUUCAUGAACUAAAUGAUGCCAGUCGUGGUACUUUAAGCAGCUAUACACUUGUGUUGAUGGUUUUGCACUAUUUACAGACCCUACCUGAACCCAUCCUUCCAUCCCUCCAAAAAAAUUACCCAGAAUCUUUUGAUCCUACUAUGCAGUUGCAUCUUGUUCAUCAAGCUCCAUGUACCAUUCCUCCUUACCUCUCAAAAAAUGGAUCAAGCCUUGGGGAUUUGCUAAUAGGCUUCUUCAAGUAUUAUGCCACAGAAUUUGAUUGGAGCCAUCAGAUGAUUUCCAUUCGUGAGGCCAAAGCUAUUCCAAGACCUGAUGGUAUUGAAUGGAGAAACAAAUUUAUUUGUGUAGAAGAGCCCUUUGAUAGGACAAACACUGCUAGAGCUGUACAUGAGAAACACAAGUUUGAUAUUAUCAAAGGUGAAAUUCUGAAGUCUUGGCAGGUAUUACGAGACAAGAAGGACCUGAAUUGCAUACUACCUUUAAGAAUGACCGUACAGAAAAGAUAACCAGCUUCUUUCACUUUCUUCUUCUUACUGGAUCUUGCUGAAAUAAAGAGUAUCAAAAUCAAGAGGCAGUUACCCCAUGGUUUUUUAUUACAUGUUUUUCUCUGUAAACUUUUGUUAAGGAAAUGUUUAUAAGAAAGAUUGCAUAUUUUAUUAUCAACAUUUGUUAAUACAGCUGUUCAUUCAAAGAUAUGUUUUCUGAAAAUGUUUGCAUUGUUGACUUCUAGAAGAAACUCAAACAGCAAACCACAAGAAUAAAUCCAUUUGAAGGAAAGUAUGGGAAUAUGCCAACUUGUUGGUUCCAUAAUCUGUGUAAUCAUUAAUUCAGGCACACUUAACCAUGAAAUGAAGACAUUCAGAGCUAAACAAUAUGCAAGCCUGACUAUAUCCUUAAGGCAUUGUGCACAGUAUCCACUUCUUGAUGAACAGACAGCCCAUGCUUUACAUCUGCUUAAUUGCAGUAAGCACUUUUGUUCAACUUUCCAGUUUUAUUUGUCUCUUACAUGGAAUAACAAGCAACAAUUUAUAAAAAUUAAGCUAGUUUAUGGUUGGUAGUGUUCUGGAUAUCAAGAACAGUAAUCUAAACUGGAAUUUCCAAGUAACAGUUCUACUACAAAGAAGUUGGAGUAAAAAAGGAUAAAUCAAUAUACAUAAAUACUUCAUAGUCACACAGAGUAGGCAAGAUACUUUUCAGUGCUUCCUUUUACAUAUUUGAAGUAGUAGUGAUACCUGCUU